AUGCAGUCGUUGAGAUCAUGGAUCGAUCUAGAUGACAGUGAUAUACCGGGCAACGGACAUGCAAGCAUUGAGCCCCAAAACAUACCCAACACCGGAGGCUGCCUCGCUAGCGGCACGUCGGUGAAGCGCGAUGCCAGGGCGGUAAGUGGAGGAGCCCAUCGGCUACGUCUUGAUCGAAAGACCCUCCGCUGGUGCCUUGGGGCUCCCGCUGCGUCAAGUGAUUCCAGGUUCGAGCACCUCGCGAAGGGCGGUUGUGGCGAUCCGAUUGGAGAAGACGAGAUGAGGUUGGCUGCGCAAUCAGAACGCAAAGCGAGGCAGUGUCUGAAGACUGUGCCGCAACGGCGACUUGAGGCCGCGAUCACCACCGCUUCUCCGCGAACUCUUUUCCAUUGA